UUCUGAAAGGAUCGGUUCAUGUAUGUGAGGUAGGCUGAAAUGUUUCAGGUUUAAAGUGAAUAAUCAGCAUUAAUCGACAGAUUUCCUUUUUACAAGCACAUUUUUACACAAGCUAAAACAUUUGGUAACACAAGGAAUUCCUACUGGAACUAUUUGUGUUUCCAUCACUUGUUGAAUUAAAAACCACAGCAGCUGUUACCUACAGUAAAUUGAAACUAUGGAGCGUCUGAAGUUAGUCCUGCAGUACUUCCAGUCCAACUCUGAGUCCAUCUCCAAUGGGAUCUGUAUCAUCCUGGCCUUGGUCAGCGUCAAGCUCUACACCAGCUUCGACUUCAACUGCCCGUGCCUCCCUCAGUACAACAGACUGUACUCUCUGGGGGUGAUGGUCGUCCCUCCCAUCAUACUGUUCUUCCUGGGGGUCCUGAUCAACAGGCACACAGGCGUCAUGAUGGACGAGUGGAUGAGACCCAUCGGGAACAGAUCCAAGAAUCCUGCUGUGGUGAAGUACCUGUUCUCAGCCAUGAUCCAGAGGGCCCUGCUGGCCCCGAUGGUGUGGAUCCUGGUCACUUUGCUGGAUGGAAAGAUCUUCAUCUGUGCCUUCAGUGUUAGUGUAGACCCUGCGCUGUUCUCAGGUAUGCCCAACAACACAGGUCUGGAUGUGAUCAAAAUCAUGGCCAAAGUUCCCUGUAAGGAGGACAUUAUCUUCAGGAACAUCUCUUUCCACAAAGCAGUCUCUCGUUAUGUUCGCUGCUAUUCGCAAGCAGUUGGCUGGUCCAUCCUUCUCUUCCUGAUCAUACUGGGAGCACUGGCACGCCUCAUCAAGCCCUGUUUCGAUGACCACGCCACCUUCCUGCAGACUCGUUACUGGAGCAACUACCUGGAUGUGGAGCAGAAGCUCUUUGACGAGACCUGUGUCCUUCAUGCUCGCGACUUUGCCCGCAAAUGUGUGGUGCAGUUCUUUGAGGACAUGAGGGAGGACACCAUACUCCGUCUCCCCCACCCGCUCUUCAUCACCAACCACCAAGAAGAGUGGGAGGAUGAAGAGGAGAGACUUCAUGGGAUAUCAAAGCAGGAGCAGGUGGACCAGCUGCUCGACAAGUGGUACUACAAUAAACCUGAACUUGACGUGACGAGGAUCGCCCACAGGCCCAGGACGUCUGUCACCUGGGAGGACCGUGGAGGGAAGACUUUAUACUCUGAUGUGUAGGACACACUCAGAGGUGUGAAGCUGCAGCGUGAAUCAUGAUCAUCCGUUCACUUACAUUAAACUAUAGCAACAAGUUAGAUGUGGGUUACCUCGGUUUAGCAGUGAGUUUUCCUAAACUCAGACUGAUGUCUAAGCUCAAAGGUCCAGCACUUCACCGUCUUCAUUCAGUGAAGCGAACUGGCACAGAUGUCAUCACAUGACCGAAUCGUUAACUUCCGGUCACAUGGUGGCUGUUUAUGGGUGGAGAUAGUAAACUCUGUCUCUUUGUUCUGUGGUGUCAGAUGUGAAGGUUCUCCCCAAUCCUUCUGCUGUCGACCACUGACUCCUGUUCGAUGACUUUUGACCUCUUCCAGGGGAUGCUGGGAGUGGUUUUCACUGACAGCUGAAACCUCUGCCCUUGUUUCCUGUCUCUCAAUGAAAGGCAGAAUGUCAUAACUAAUAAUACGACUACUACAAAGACUCAAGGAGAUGUACAUCGUAAAGUUUUCUUGUUCCUGUUCCUGUUCCUGUUCUGUAGGUGCAGUGCUGCCUUCUCUGUCUGUCUUUUGUUCUUAAACUAACUGACAGGAAAGAACAGGAAGUUUCGUUUGAGGAAUUAUAUCUGAGGACAUUGCCUGUUUAA